UUGUACUUAGGGAGAUUGGAAAUACCUAUAAAUGCUCUCCAUGCAGCAGGAAGAAGUUCGUUCACCGAAAACAGAGGGAGCUAUGAGGCCCUUCGCUAUUGAUAAUGGAAGCAGACGCUCUUUCGUCUCCCUCUUCAAAGACGUUACUCACGCCAAGUUACUUGACAACCAAGGAGGUGAUCAUGAGAUAACGCCAAUGAAUGAGGAAAAGAAGAAAAGUGACCCAGAGAUUGAGAAUGUGGAGGAGGAAGUUUGGGCAAAACUUCCAAUGGAUCUUCAAAUGUCCAUAAUACAAUGCAUCCCACCCAAUGAAAGGGACUAUCGGAAUCUUCGUGUUGUCUGUAGAAGGUGGAAAGCGAUGGCCCCUCCAUUGCGUUGGAUUUCUGGUUCGGCAGCCAUUGAAUACCCUUGGCUUGUGUCCUUUCAGAAAGAGAAAGGUGUCUAUGACUUCUAUGAUCCAACAUCUGACUUGACCUAUCACAUGAGCACAGAAUCAACAUCAUAUCUUGCAAUUUUUGCCUCCUACAAAGGUUGGUUGCUUCUUUCUGAGGGUCCACAAUCUAUUUAUAUGCUUGAACCGUUCACGAAAAUGAGAAUCGAUCUUCCGAAGAUGCCACAACAAUUCAACCUCGUUGGUGGACAAUAUUGGUUUGGUGUAAAUCCAACUUCCGGAAGAUAUCGUGUUAACCAAAUCUUUCGUCGCUCUCCUGAGCAGCUGAUGAUUUUGGAGUUCACUAGUAAAAUGACUUCUUGUGCUUGCCUUCCUGUCAAGAACAAAUCAUUCACACCAUCAUGGAAUAACCUUAUUUUUUGCGAUGGGAGUUUAUUUGGUUUGGAUCAAAAUGGGAAGUUCGGAAUCUUCGCAACUGUAGGGAAUGAAAGACAAUGGCAUGUUUUGAAUGAUUCCCAGAUAUUAUGUUUUCCUUCAAGAGUAGAACAAAGCUUUCUGGUUGUGUUGAACUUGAGGAUAAUGUCGGUGUUUGUUGGAAGUUCAGAAAAAUGGGUUAAAGUAUUUAACUUCAAUUUUUCGGCACUUAAAUGGGAGCAAGUUGAUAGCUUGGGAAAUCUAGUUUUGUUUGUUGGUCGAACAUCCAUAGCUGUGGAGUCAAAGGAGGAAAGAAUGAGGAACAAGAUUUUCUUCCCCAUCUUCAAAGAAGCUGAUGGUAGCAUCAUGUUUUAUUGUCUAGAGACUUGCAGAUUCCGCAGCUUCAGCAGUGAAAAUUCCAAUUUGGAUCUUCAUGGAGAGAGAGGAUUUAAAAAAUUAGUAUCUAAUUGUACCUGGAUUCGACCUAAUUUGGUUCCGUCCUUCAGCUGAACGACUUGUAUUUUGGCUCUAUAGAUGG